AGCUAAAGGGAAGGAGGUAAUGAAAACCACACCCCCAAAACACCACCAGACAAGAAGCCUCUUGGGACUCACCAGUGCUUUAGUUCUUCCAAGAUGUGGUCCUCCCUCCUAUUCCUGCUUUUCUUCACCACUUCCACAAUAUGGGGACACUCUUCCUCACCUCCUGUUGUGGACACUCAGAAAGGCAAAGUCCUAGGAAAGUACGAACACCUAGAAGGAUUUGCCCAGCCAGUGGCUGUCUUCCUGGGGAUCCCUUUUGCUAAGCCUCCCCUGGGGUCCCUGAGGUUUACUCCUCCACAGCCUGCAGAACCAUGGAACUUCGUAAAGAGGACCACCUCCCACCCUCCUAUGUGUUCCCAAGAUGCAGUGGGGGGGCAGGUACUCUCAGAACUCUUUACUAACAGCAAGGAGAACAUUCCUCUCAAGUUUUCUGAAGACUGUCUCUACCUAAAUAUCUACACUCCUGCUGACUUGACAAAGAAAAGCAGGCUGCCGGUGAUGGUGUGGAUCCAUGGAGGUGGGCUGCUUGUGGGUGGGGCAUCCACCUAUGAUGGGCUGGCCCUCUCUGCCCAUGAAAAUGUGGUAGUGGUGACCAUUCAGUACCGGCUGGGCAUCUGGGGAUUCUUCAGCACAGGGGAUGAACACAGUCUGGGGAACUGGGGUCAUCUGGAUCAGGUGGCUGCACUGCACUGGGUCCAGGAGAACAUCGCCAACUUUGGAGGAAACCCUGGUUCUGUGACCAUCUUUGGAGAGUCAGCAGGAGGAGAAAGCGUUUCUGUCCUUGUUUUAUCUCCUCUUGCCAAGAACCUCUUCCACAGGGCCAUCUCUGAGAGUGGCGUGGCCUUCACUGCUGGUCUAGUCCAAAAGGACAUGAAAGCUACAGCUAAGCAAAUUGCUGUCUUUGCUGGAUGUAAGUCCACCACCUCGGCUGUCCUGGUUCACUGCCUGCGCCAGAAGACAGAGGAGGAACUCUUGGAGACAUCACUGAAACUGAAAUUUUUCUCUGUUGACUUAGUUGGAGAUCCCAGAGAGAACCAUCCCUUCCUGCCCACUGUGGUUGAUGGGGUGGUGCUGCCGAAGACACCUGAAGAGAUCCUGUCUGACAAGACAUUCAACACCGUUCCCUACAUUGUUGGAAUCAACAAGCAAGAGUUUGGCUGGAUUCUACCUACGAUGAUGGGUUACCCGCUCUCUGAAGGCAAGAUGGACCAGAAGACAGCUGCAUCUCUCUUAUGGAAAUCCUACUCCAUUGCUAAUCUCUCUGAGGAACUAACUCCAGUGGCUGCUGAGAAAUAUUUAGGAGAAACAGACGACCCUGUCAAAAAGAAAGACCGCUUCCUGGACUUGAUGGCAGAUGUGCUAUUUUGUAUUCCAGCUGUGACUGUGGCUCGUCAGCACAGAGAUGCUGGAGGCCCCACCUACAUGUACGAAUUUCAGUACAGACCAAGCUUCUCAUCAGACAUGAGGCCCAAGACAGUAAUAGGGGACCAUGGAGAUGAACUCUUCUCAGUCUUCGGAGCCCCCUUUUUAAAAGGUGGGGCCUCUGAAGAGGAACUCAAGCUCAGCAAGAUGGUGAUGAAAUUUUGGGCCAAUUUUGCUCGGAAUGGAAACCCCAAUGGAGAUGACUUGCCCCACUGGCCCGCAUAUGACCAGAAGGAAGGGUACCUGAAGAUUGGUGCUACCACCCAGGCAGCCCAGAAGUUAAAAGACAAGGAAGUGGCUUUCUGGAAUGAACUCAUAUCCAGAGAGACAGCAGAGAGGCCACCCCACAGAGAACAUGUUGAACUGUGAACAGGAAGCCCACCAGGCCUGGUGGUUGGGGGGCGUGGGGAGGAGGCGGCUUGGGGUCGUUCUAUUGACACAAACGAUAUUUAGAGGCCUAAGAAGCAUUUGAUUGUGGUGGCUAGGGAAUUAUCUGGUGAAGGAGAGCAGAGACAAAAGGAGCAGAUUCUGUACCCUCAAAUAUGGGAAUAAAUCCUCCUUUGGAGACCAAA